CGUCGAGGGGCGGGGACGGCGCGCUCUAAGAUGGCGGCCAACGUGUUCCCGUUCCGCGACGCCCGAGCCGCGCCGGAUCCUGUACUGGAGGUCGGACCCGUGGCACACGGGCCACUGCCCCUACCGCUGGUGCUGGACAAUGGGUCGUUCCAGGCCCGCGCCGGCUGGGCGUGCCCCGGGCCGGAUCCGGGCCCCGAGCCGCGCCUACAGUUCCGCGCUGUGUGCGCCCGCGGGCGCGGCGGGGCUCGAGGCGGAGCGGGCCCGCAGGUGGGCAACGCGCUGGGCAGCCUGGAGCCGCUCCGCUGGAUGCUGCGCUCGCCCUUCGACCGCAACGUGCCCGUCAACCUGGAGCUACAGGAGCUGCUGCUGGACUACAGCUUCCAGCACCUGGGCGUCUCCUCACAGGGCUGUGUGGAUCAUCCCAUAGUUUUGACAGAAGCUGUGUGCAAUCCACUAUAUUCACGCCAAAUGAUGUCUGAACUCCUUUUUGAGUGCUACAGGAUCCCCAAGGUUGCCUAUGGAAUAGACAGCCUCUUCAGCUUCUACCACAAUAAGUCAAAGAACUCAGUUUCCUGUGGGCUCAUCAUUUCAUCUGGAUACCAGUGUACACAUAUUUUACCCAUCUUAGAAGGAAGGCUAGAUGCCAAAAACUGCAAACGCAUCAAUCUUGGAGGAAGCCAGGCAGCUGGUUACCUCCAGCGACUCCUCCAACUGAAGUAUCCGGGGCACCUGGCGGCCAUCACUCUCAGCCGCAUGGAGGAGAUCCUGCAUGAGCACAGCUACAUUGCUGAGGACUACGGGGAAGAAUUGCAAAAGUGGCAGUGCCCUGAUUAUUAUGAGAACAAUGUCCACAAGAUGCAGCUUCCGUUUUCCAGCAAGCUCCUGGGCAGCACUCUGACUGCUGAGGAGAAGCAGGAGAGGCGGCAGCAGCAGCUACGGCGGCUGCAGGAGCUCAAUGCUCGGCGGCGAGAGGAGAAGCUGCAGCUGGAUCAGGAGCGACUGGACCGACUACUCUAUGUUCAGGAACUUCUAGAGGAUGGCCAGAUGGAUCAGUUUCACAAAGCUCUGAUAGAGCUGAACAUGGACUCCCCAGAAGAGCUGCAGUCCUACAUACAGAAGCUCAGUGCAGCAGUGGAGCAAGCGAAACAGAAAAUCCUUCAAGCAGAAGUCAACCUCGAGGUGGACGUGGUGGACAGCAAGCCAGAGACCCCUGACCUGGAGCCACUGGAGCCAUCUCUAGAAGAUGUGGAAAGCAUGAAUGAUUUUGAGCCCUUGUUUUCAGAGGAAGCACCAGAAGUGGAGAAACCUGUCACCACUGUCCAGCCCGUGUUUAACUUGGCAGCAUAUCAUCAGCUGUUUGUUGGGACAGAAAGAAUCCGAGCUCCAGAAAUUAUUUUCCAGCCCUCGCUCAUAGGAGAAGAGCAGGCGGGAAUAGCGGAGACACUUCAGUACAUUCUGGACAGGUACCCAAAGGAAGUUCAGGAGAGACUGGUCCAGAACAUUUUUCUCACUGGUGGGAAUGUGAUGUAUCCUGGGAUGAAAGCCAGAAUGGAGAAGGAACUGCUGGAGAUGAGACCCUUUCAGUCUUCUUUCCAGGUUCAGCUUGCCUCGAACCCUGUGCUGGAUGCCUGGUAUGGUGCUCGUGACUGGGCUUUAGACCACAUGGACGACGAUGAAGCCUGGAUCACCAGGAAGGACUAUGAAGAAAAGGGAGGAGAGUACUUCAAGGAGCACUGUGCCUCCAACAUCUACGUCCCCAUUCGCCUGCCCAAGCAGGCCUCACGUACCUCAGAAUCCCAGGCAGCAGGCAAAGGCUCAGGAGCCAACGAGCAGGCCUAGCAGAGGGCCCUCCAGAGAGAGGGCUCCGCACACAUGUCUUUUGGCAGUGUGAUGGGACAAGGACUGUGCUAGAUGUAUUUGGCUGCAAACUGAAUUUCUCCCGGGGAGAACAGACAUAAGAACAGCAGGAUCAUCUUGUACGGAGUUUCGUUUACCGGGGGCUACUGCAGCAUGGAAAGUCUGAGUUGCCGUGUGGCAUCUGGAAGCUGGUACGAAGUUUUGUCGGCAGCUUCCAGCGAGCAGUGAAUGAAGACAUGGAGGCCAGGGUGUACAAAGAGCACUAGACUUAUUUUUUACUGCAUUUUCAAGCCUUUUUUGUUUAAAAAAAAAGUUAUAAAGUUUUAUCAGUGUAUGUAUUUUUUCCUACUGUAUUUAUUCAGAAAUUGUGUGAUUGCCCAAAGGGGAAGGUCCUUCAUAUAUUAAAAGCUGAUAUUUAUAUUAAAGAAGCAAGUAGUCACCGUGAAAUCUCAGGAGCUGGAAAUAUUUGCCGCCUCCUAUUACUUCCCCUUAAAAUAAGAAACAGGAAAGGAGAGGAUCACCACCACCUUGUGCAAAGUCACUCUGCUAGCUAAGGACCUGCUUGGUGCCCUCUUGUGAGUGAAUGGAAAUAGAGCUAAUGGCUCAACUUUUGUUCAUACUUUGUUUGUUGGAGACUUUUCUACUACAUGAGACCUUUCUACAAAAAUUUUAUUUCUAUCCCUGUGAGUUUGUUGGCUCCUUAAUGUUUUUAAGUCUCUCUGAAGAAAAAGGUAGAUCCUGUAGCCUUUAUUCUGCCAUAAUCUCACCUUCCCUGAGUUUUGGUGAGUCUUGUAGUAGGAGAAUCUGAGACAUCUCAUUUGUUACAUAGUGAAUGGACAAAUAACCCCUCUUUUAUGGAGAUUGCUUGUUGGGAGUUCUAACUCAUCAAGAAUUAAGCCCAGAAAGCUCCUGAGCUGCUAAUAUCGUUGUCACAGAACCUGUGCAUUUGGAUCCCAUGGUGCCUCAGCCUGUCUGCUGAGGCUGCUUUAGAACCUGGAUCCAGCUCUCGAGGGUUUAGAAACUCAGACCAGGAGGGAGCUGUGGUGGUGGAGGAGGAGGUAGGAGACUCAAGCGGACCCAAUAACUUCCAAGGCAUGGUCCAGUGAGCCACUGGCCGUCGUGGCUGGGCCCAAGGACUGAUGAGAUGGCAGGAAACAUGAAUUUUGAGUGGGCUUGGGAUAGAUGUGAAGAAAGCAGGACUGAUCUUAGCUGGGCAAGAGGGACUGGGGCUGGGGCUCAGGAGAAGAGCUCUUGCCUAGAAUGUUUAAGGCCUGCACCACAGACACAAUGCAACAGUAGCAAAACCCCAGUCUGAAAGGCAGUGGUGGGGUCAAAGGACUGCCUUGGAGGUCAUGUCCUCAUGGAGAAAGACCCUGGGCAGGUCUUUCUCAAUUAGGCACUUUAUGACCAAACAAGCUAGCAAGCUAGAUGUGCUCAGGCUCGCAGGUGAUAACACUGGAACACAGGAAAGUCGGGGGCCGUGGUGAGGUUCAGGCCAAGGGGCGGAGCCUUGAGCUGUCUGGUUUCGUCUUUGAGCAUGCCAGGCUUUCCGUGACCAGCUUUGCACAUGCAGUCUUCCUCAUUCUUUCCCAGCACACUAGGCAGGAGUUUUGGUACCCCAGGGGCUUCCUCAGCCCCUUGCACAAACCACGAGCCAGACGUUUACCACUUAGCUGUGCUUUAGGCCCAGGUGGUUUCUUUUACACUGUUUUGUGUUCCUCAAGAGAAGGGGUUGUGUUUGAUUAAGCUUGAAGUGUCCAGGGCCCAGAGUUGCAUCUGAAGGGUACUGGGGACUGCAGGGAAUAUGGCCAUGGUGACGCCUUGAUUUGGGGCCUUGGCCUCCAAAACUGUGCAAGUAUAAAUAAAUAUCUGUUGUUUUGAGCACCAA